CUCCAAACAAACAAAAAAAACAAACUUUACGACCUUUACGACAGUUGCUUCAAUGGCGUACGAAUCAGAAAACGGCAGUGAGAAGAAGAUGGCGGAGGGAGGUAAUGAUGCAGAGCUACUCAAGGAGAAGGCGAAUACGUACUUCAAAGAGAAAGACUAUGAAAAUGCCAUUAAGUACUACUCAGAGGCCUUGGAGCUCAAUCCAUCCAACGCCAUCUACUACAGCAACCGGAGCCUUGCAUAUCUACGCACAGAAUGCUACGGCUAUGCCCUUGCGGAUGCCACGAAGGCCCUGGAGGUAGACAAAAACUACAUUAAGGGCUAUUAUCGCCGUGCCACUUCCAACAUGGCACUGGGCAAGUUUAAGGCUGCACUUAAGGACUAUGAAACGGUAGUAAAGGUUCGGCCAAAUGACAAGGAUGCAAGGAUGAAGUACCAGGAAUGUAAUAAGAUUGUGAAACAGAAGGCUUUUGAGAGAGCCAUCGCUAGUGACGAGACAAAAAAGUCUGUUGUUGAUUCUCUGGACAUUGAAAACAUGACGAUUGAGGAUGACUAUGUAGGACCCAAACUCGAAGAUGGAAAAGUCACGUUGAAAUUCAUGGAAGAGAUGAUGGAUUGGUUCAAAGAUCAGAAGAAACUGCACAGAAAGUGUGCUUAUCAGAUUUUGGUGCAAGUUAAGGACGUUCUAGUAAAACUACCAAGUCUUGUUGAAAUCUCAUUAAAAGAGACAGAAAAAAUAACUAUUUGUGGUGACACCCAUGGGCAGUACUACGAUCUUCUCAACAUCUUCAAGUUGAACGGCUUACCCUCAGAGACCAACCCUUAUCUGUUCAACGGUGACUUUGUGGAUCGUGGUUCUUUCUCUCUUGAGGUCAUCCUUACCCUCUUUGGCUUCAAGCUGCUUUACCCUGACUAUUUCCACUUGCUCAGGGGUAACCAUGAAACAGACAAUAUGAACCAGAUGUAUGGGUUUGAAGGGGAGGUCAAAGCCAAAUACACAGCCCAGAUGUUCCAGCUGUUCAGCGAGGUCUUCCAGUGGCUUCCUCUUGCUCAGUGUAUCAACAACAAAGUUCUGAUCAUGCACGGGGGACUGUUCAGUGAAGACGGUGUUACGUUGGACGACCUCAGGAAGAUCGAUCGGAACAGACAGCCUCCAGAUUCAGGUCCCAUGUGCGACCUCCUCUGGUCAGAUCCACAGCCUCAGAACGGCCGGUCAAUCAGCAAGCGAGGUGUGAGUUGUCAGUUUGGGCCAGAUGUCACAGAACGCUUCCUGGAGCAGAACAAGCUAGAGUACAUCGUGCGUAGUCAUGAGGUCAAAGCUGAGGGCUACGAGGUCACUCACUCAGGGAAGUGCAUCACCGUGUUCUCAGCACCCAACUACUGUGAUCAGAUGGGAAACAAAGGAGCGUAUAUCCACCUCAGGGGAUCAGACCUCAAACCAGAAUUUCACCAGUUCACUGCUGUGCCUCAUCCGAAUGUCAAGCCCAUGGCGUAUGCCAACACGCUAAUGCAGUUGGGGAUGAUGUAGAGGAAACUGUAUUGUGUCUAUGACAUCGACGACCUCCCAUCUGACCUGAACCAUCCCAGUCACCACACUCCCUCCAGUGCUUGGACAUGCUGUCAUCCAUGCAUAGCCUAAGGGAUCCCUCUCUCCGACAAACUUUCCUAGUGGUGUGCAGAAACAGGUGUCGUAGUUCAAAUGGGAAAAGGUCCCCUAGACCAGUCCACAUCUAGUUGCAUUUUUUGACGUUAUUGGUUACAACUGGAAAAUUCUCAUUCCCAUUGUCCAUUUGCCAGCUCACAUGCUCAAAGCCUGAGUAAAGAAGUAAACCCUGGCAGGUUCAGAUGAGUCUCCUUGGAGCUGUUCGGUUUUCAAAUAGUUGAUGUCUUCAGCAUAUUGGAUCAAAUACCUGGUUUGUACCAAAGAUCUGUCAUUAAAAUGAUUGUUCAGUUUUUAUCUAAAACUCAGAAUUGUACCGUUGGCCAGUGUACACAGCUUAGAGCAUUGUAAACUGGUUGAGGAGCAUCACGUCUAUCAGUGUUUCUCCAGUCAUCCUACAGUGUGUCCGUUCACUCAUUUAGUUCACAGCAGAUCUAGAUUAAACUACAUGUACCCCAGUCUAAAAAAGAGAUGGGUUGUCUCUGGGUACACUCUUAAAGGUGCUGUUUGCCAUUAGUGGUGUAUUUAGCUGGUUCAGUCAUGUAGCUGGUGACCUUUCCUUUUCCACUGCUUCCUGUUGAGGAAGUUUCUGCUGCUCCAUGUUUUCAUCCUUGACCGUCAUUGUGCCACUCGCCCAGCAGCUCCUGCACAGUCCACUAGCUUUGGUGUAAGGCAAACACUGGUGCCACUCGAUAACUGCUGACUCGUAUCCCCGUAUAUGGAUUUCUUCAGUACACAAACGUCCAAAACGUAAUCCUGUCUUGAAACGCACAGCUGCAUUGUCCAACGGCCCUCAACUUUUUAGAUAAAGAAAUACACGUAUGUGUAUGUAUAUAUAUAUACUGUAUCAUUUAAAGAUUCUGUGUAAUGUUUGGAGAAGAUUAUUGAAUAAAAAAAUAAGCCAAGUGA